AUGGGCGAGAAGCCCUAUAAGUGUGACCCCUGUACAGCGGAGUUCACCCAGAGUUUUAGCCUGUCGCGCCACAAGCGAAAACACACUUGUGAGAAACCCUUCAAGUGCGACAUCUGUCCUGCAGAGUUGAGCUCCAGUGCGGGCCUGUUGUAUCACAAGCGAAAACACAUGGGCGAGAAGCCCUAUAAGUGCGACUUCUGUACAGCGGAGUUCACCCAGAGUUUUAGCCUGUCGCGCCACAAGCGAAAACACACUUGUGAGAAACCCUUCAAGUGCGACAUCUGUCCUGCAGAGUUGAGCUCCAGUGCGGGCCUGUUGUAUAACAAGCGAAAACACAGGGGCGAGAAGCCCUAUAAGUGUGACCUCUGUACAGCGGAGUUCACCCAGAGUUUUAGCCUGUCGCGCCACAAGCGAAAACACACUUGUGAGAAACCCUUCAAGUGCGACCUCUGUCCUGCAGAGUUGAGCUCCAGUGCGGGCCUGUUGUAUCACAAGCGAAAACACAUGGGCGAGAAGCCCUAUAAGUGCGACUUCUGUACAGCGGAGUUCACCCAGAGUUUUAGCCUGUCGCGCCACAAGCGAAAACACACUGGCGGACACACGGGCGAGAAGCCAUACAAGUGUAAUCUCUGCCCUGCAGUGUUCAGCCACAGGACAGCACUGUCACAUCACAAGCACACACACACGGGAGAAAAGCUGCACAAGUACGACCUCUGUCCUGCAGAGUUCAGCUCCAGUGCGGGCCUGUUGUAUCACAAGCGAAAACACAUGGGCGAGAAGCCCUAUAAGUGCGACUUCUGUACAGCGGAGUUCACCCAGAGUUUUAGCCUGUCGCGCCACAAGCGAAAACACACUGGCGGACACACGGGCGAGAAGCCAUACAAGUGUAAUCUCUGCCCUCCAGUGUUCAGCCACAGGACUGCACUGUCACAUCACAAGCACGCACACACGGGAGAAAAGCUGCACAAGUACGACAUCUGUCCUGCAGAGUUCAGCUCCAGUGCGGGCCUGUUGUAUCACAAGCGAAAACACAUGGACGAGAAGCCCUAUAAGUGUGACUUCUGUACAGUGGUGUUCACCCAGAGUUUUAGCCUGUCGCGCCACAAGCGAAAACACACUGGCGGACACACGGGCGAGAAGCCAUACAAGUGUAAUCUCUGCCCUGCAGUGUUCAGCCACAGGACAGCACUGUCACAUCACAAGCACGCACACACGGGAGAAAAGCUGCACAAGUACGACCUCUGUCCUGCAGAGUUCAGCUCCAGUGCGGGCCUGUUGUAUCACAAGCGAAAACACAUGGGCGAGAAGCCCUAUAAGUGCGACUUCUGUACAGCGGAGUUCACCCAGAGUUUUAGCCUGUCGCGCCACAAGCGAUUAAUAAAUGAUUAA